AUGGAAGCCAUUCACCUCUUCCGCAGACUGUAUUCCCUCGACACUCUUGACACCAGACUUACCACCUCUUCGCAUACCCCAUUGACAAUCGCUACGGAAGAAUCUCCAGAGAAAUCGACUUCGGAACGAACGGUAGAACAAAAUCCAGCGAAUCUUCCUCCCAAAGUCUUACCCGCCAAAUGGCGCACGCCGGAGUUCUGCUUGUACUUUGCGGUUAUCACGCUUGUUUUGCCUCUGAUGUUCAGAUCGGUAAUGAAAGUGUCCCGAUCAUCCCAUCCCAAUUACCCAAAGUUCGAGGAUCUACUCUCACCUGGAUGGAUACCAGGUCGAAAAAUUGACAAUUCGGACGCGCAGUACUCUAGCUUUCGAGAAAACAUACCGUAUAUGGCAAUUGUGGUGCUGGUACAACCAUUACUGAGACGAGUCUACAAUGCCGUCUUGCCCUCGCCAACAGCGAGCCAUGAUGCUGUUCGUUCGACAAAAGACGAGGCUACGAAAAAGAAGGAUCUUGCUUCAGCAGACGAUCGUUUCGUCCAAAGAAGCUCAUUUGACCUUUACUUUGCACUCGUAUUUCUGGCGGUCCUGCACGGCUUCUCGGCGCUCAAAAUCCUUCUCAUCCUGUACAUUAAUUUCAAUAUGGCCACAAGAAUACCGAAAGAGUACAUUCCAACAACGACCUGGGUGUUUAAUAUUGGCAUCCUGUUUGUGAACGAAUUCUGCCAUGGCUACCAUUAUGCCAGUGUCGCAAAGGCUGUUUUCCCCUUGUCAGCAUCUGCCUCCACCUGGGGCAAUUUUCUCGACACGUACGGUGGACUGGUCCCGAGAUGGGAAAUCCUUUUCAACAUCACUAUUUUACGUCUCAUCUCAUUUAACAUGGACUACUACUGGUCUCUUGAGCGGUCCCGAUCAUCUAGCCCCGUUGAGAAGAAACAACUCGAUCCAACCAGCCUCUCCGAACGUGACCGAGUUACCCUCCCCGCCCCACAUGCUACCUACCACAGUUUCCGGAUCUACCUCUCCUACACCCUCUACUCGCCCCUCUAUCUCGCCGGGCCGAUCCUAACCUUCAACGACUACAUCUCUCAGACCCGGCACCCCUCCCCCACCCUCUCUCGAACCCGCACCAGCCUCUACGCGAUCCGCUUCCUCCUCCUCCUGCUGUGCAUGGAGCUCCUCCUCCACUACAUCUACACCGUCGCCAUCUGCGCCUCGUCCCCCAACUGGCACACCUACACGCCCUUCCAGCUCAGCAUGCUCGGCUACUUCAACCUGCAGAUCAUCUGGCUCAAGCUCCUGAUCCCAUUCCGCUUCUUCCGCCUCUGGGCGCUUCUCGACGGCAUGGACCCGCCCGAGAACGUGGUCCGGUGCAUGAGCGAUAACUACUCGACGCUUGCCUUCUGGCGCGGUUGGCACCGGAGUUUCAACCGCUGGAUCGUGCGCUACAUCUACGUGCCACUUGGCGGCGGUAGUGGUGGUGGCGGCGCUGGAACCAGAACCGGAAAAGGGGAAGGCGCAAGCAAGCUCCGCGGCGUGCUGAACACGCUCGCCGUCUUCACCUUCGUCGCCCUCUGGCACGACAUCAACCUCCGUCUCCUGAUGUGGGGUUGGCUCAUCACCCUGUUUGUCGUGCCCGAGAUCCUCGCCACCAUGGCGUUUCCCGCAUCGAAAUGGAAGGACCGACCCGACGCGUACCGCGUCAUCUGCGGCAUCGGCGCGGUGGGCAACAUCCUGAUGAUGAUGGCGGCGAAUCUGGUCGGGUUUGCCAUCGGCAUCGAGGGCCUGAAGGGCAUGCUCAGGGCGCUGGUGGGGACGCGCGAUGGGUUGGCGUUUCUGGCCACGGCGUGCGUGGUGCUGUUCAUGGCCGUGCAGGUCAUGUUUGAGUGUAGGGAGAGUGAGAGGCGGAGGGGGAUUAGGUUGAAAUUCUAG